AGAACUAGUGAAAUCACAGAGAUAGUGGAGAGAGUGAAAGAGGCAAGAGAGAAGAAGCGAGAGUCAGUAGAGGGAAAUAGAGAGAGAGAGAGAGCAGGAGAGAGAGCAAUAGAGAGCCGGAGAGAGAGCAGAAGAGAGAGGGAAAGAGAGAGAGAGAGCAGGAGAGAGAGGGAAAGAGAGAGAGAGCAGGAGAGAGAGGGAAAGAGAGCGAGAGCAGGAGAGAGCAAGAGAGAGAACAGGAGAGAGAGCAGGAGAGAGAGGGAAAGAGAGAGAGAGAGCAGGAGAGAGAUAUAGGAAAGAGAGAGAGCAGGAGAGAGAGAUAGGAGAGUUGUCUUUCCCCCACCUACAAGGAGGGAGAGUUGUGGGCUGACUAGCACUCAAAAACAGGACCCACACUGUGAGACUGAGCUCAGAGACACUGGAGUAUGUUUGAGACAGAGUAGAGACUGAGUGGAACAGAGUGGAGACUGAGUGGAGACUGAGUGUGUGAGACUGAGCAGAACAGAGUGUGAUACUGAGCUCAGAGACACUGGAGUAUGUUUGAGACAGAGUAGAGACUGAGCGGAACAGAGUGAUACUGAGUGUGUGAGACUGAGCAGAGUCUGUGUGCUGAAAAACCUGACUCACCGAGUGGAACUCGGGAGAAAAACUGAGAAUAACACACACAUCCUAGGGAGAGAAAAGGAGUGCAGGAGGGAAAUUAGUUUUCUUACCAGACACACAGAAAAAGAGAGAGAGAAGAAGAGAUUCACCAAACAUAAGACCAACACCUUGAGAAACGGAGGGGGGGGAAGAGGACAAGAGUGAUUCACUUCCUUACCGGGACCAUCUGGAUUUACUGAGAGGAAAACAAUAUUUAAGAAAAGGAGAAGGAAAACAGAAGGCAGGAUGGACAAUCUGUGCAGCCUCAGUGGACUGGAUCCACUAUGGGACUGGAACCUGACCUGGUACACCCCUCACCCAGACCUGUCCCAAUGUUUCCAGCAUACGGUCCUGGUGUGGUUCCCCUGCAUGUACCUGUGGUCCUGCGGUCCUCUCUACCUGGUCUACCUCUGGUUCACUGGCCAGGGAGGCAUCUCUCUGACCAGCCUCUGCUGUGCAAAAACUGUGCUGGGUCUGUGUUUGACAUCCUUUGGCUUCCUAGAGGUGUUCUACGUGCUGGUGGAGAGGGGUGCAGAGAUACACCAACACAUGGUCUUCCUGCUUAGCCCCGUUAUACGCAGCCUUACUAUGCUCCUGGCGGUGUGUGUGAUCCAGUGGGAGAGGAUGAAGGGAUGUCGUUCUUCCGUUCUUCUCUUCCUCUUCUGGACUCUGGCAGUGGUCUGCUCCCUCGUUCCACUCAGAGCCAACAUACAGCAGAUCAUAGAAGAGGGGUUCUUCACAGACGCGAUGCGCUUCAUAGCAUUCUUCAUUUACUUCUCCCUGCAGCUGACCCAGCUCAUCCUCAGCUGCUUCUCUGACCAACGCCCCAGUACAGACACACACACCUACAGAAAGAACCCCUGUCCAGUGGAGGACGCCUCUUUCCUCUCUAAGAUGCUCUUCUGGUGGUUUGGAGGGUUGGUUAUUAGGGGUUAUCGUACUCCCCUGCAGGCAGAGGAUCUCUGGUGUCUUAGAGAAGAAGACUCUUCAGACUGUAUCAUAGCAGACCUGGAGAUUGACUGGGCCAGAGAGUGUACUAAACUACAACAAAAGGAGUGUAGUCUGUCUGGCUGCCGUCCUACAGGUCCUAAACUGACAGAACAGACCCAGCUGUUGAAGAAGCUGAGACAGGAACAGAACUCAGGGUUCUGUCUCUUCAGAGUUCUGGCUCGGAGCUUCGGACCUUUCUUCCUCAAAGGGACCCUCUUCCUCAUCUUCCACGACGCCUUCAUGUUCUCCAUACCACAGGUGCUCAGCCUCCUCCUGGGGUUCAUGUGUGACCAGGACAGCGACCUGUGGAAGGGCUUCAUGUUUGCCUUCCUGUUGUUCCUCCUGUCCAGCCUCCAGUCCCUGUUCAACCAUCAGUACAUGUACUCCUGCUUCACCGUGGGAAUGAGGGUGAAGACCGCUGUCAUGGGUCUGGUCUACAGGAAGUCUCUAGUGAUCAGCAGUGCAGCGCGGCAGUCCUGUACCGUGGGAGAGAUUGUUAACCUGGUGUCAGCCGACACUCAGAAGCUCAUGGACAUGGUGGUGUAUUUCAACGCUGUGUGGCUGGCUCCCAUUGAGAUAGCUCUCUGUCUCUACUUCCUGUGGCAGCUUCUAGGUCCGUCAGCCCUAGCCGGCAUCGCCACGGUGAUCCUUAUCUUUCCUCUCAACGGCUUCAUCGCCAAGAUGAGGAGCAAGCUGCAGGAAGUCCAGAUGCGUUCUACAGACAGCAGGAUCAAGCUGAUGAAUGAGAUCCUGAGUGGGAUUAAGAUCCUGAAGUUCUACGCCUGGGAACAGGCCUUCCUGGAGAGGGUUCUGGGUUACCGGGAGAAAGAACUCAAUGCCCUGAAGAGAUCCCAGGUCCUUUACUCCAUCUCCAUCGCCUCCUUCAACUCCUCAUCCUUCCUGAUAGCGUUCUCCAUGUUCGGCGUCUACGUCGUCGUCGACGACAAGAACAUCCUCGAUGCCCAGAAGGUGUUCGUUUCCAUGGCUCUCAUCCACAUUUUGAAGACGCCCCUCAGCCAGCUGCCCUUCGCUAUGAGCACCACCAUGCAGGCCGUUGUCUCUCUGAGGCGUCUGGGAAAGUUCCUGUGCCAGGAUGAGCUGAAGCUUGACGACGUAGAUAGAGAACCAUACAGCCCUGAUGGUGAUGGGGUAGUGAUAGACAGCGGUACGUUUGGCUGGUCUAAGGAAGGUCCUCCCUGCCUGAUGAGGAUCAACGUGAGGGUGAAGAAGGGGUCUCUGGUAGCUGUGGUGGGACAUGUCGGGAGUGGGAAGUCCUCCCUGCUAUCAGCCAUGCUUGGGGAGACAGAGAAGAGGAGUGGUCAUGUCUCAGUCAAGGGCUCUGUGGCCUAUGUACCUCAGCAGGCGUGGAUCCAGAAUGCCACCCUGAAAGACAACAUAGUGUUUGGUCAGGAGAGGAAGGAGAGCUGGUACCACAGAGUGGUGGAGGCCUGCGCCCUGCUGCCAGACCUGGAGAUCCUGCCUGCUGGAGACGGCACUGAGAUCGGGGAGAAGGGUCUGAAUCUAUCAGGUGGUCAGAAGCAGAGAGUCAGUCUGGCCAGGGCCGUGUACAGGAAGGCUGACGUCUAUCUCCUAGACGACCCUCUGUCUGCCGUCGACGCCCACGUGGGUCAACACAUCUUUGAGAGGGUGUUUGGUGCUGAAGGACUGCUCAAAGACCAGACUCGUGUCCUGGUGACCCACGGUCUGAGCUUCCUGCCCCAGGCAGAUCUGAUCCUGGUGAUGGUGGAGGGAGAGAUCACUGAGAUGGGCUCCUACCUGGAGCUGAUGGCACGUGACGGGGCCUUCGCUGAGUUCAUAAGACUCUUCGCCGGGAACGAGCGCAAGGAGCGCUCACACAGAGGAACCAGGAAGUCGGUAUCUCGUCUGAGUAUGACAGACUUCUCCAUAGAUCUUUCUCAGGAGUCUCUCAGUGGAGACAUGAUGAGUAGUGCCAGUAUUCAGACCAUGGAGGCCAUCUCAGACACAGAGGACCAGAAGCAGGAAGUCCUGGGGAAACUGACAGAGGCUGACAAGGCCAACACAGGAAGAGUGAAACUAGAGAUGUACAUGGAGUACUUCAGGACCAUCGGUCUGGCUCUGAUCAUCCCCAUAGUCUUCCUGUAUGCGUUCCAGCAGGCCGCCUCCCUCGCAUACAACUAUUGGCUUAGCGUCUGGGCCGACGAUCCAAUCAUCAACGGCACCCAGAUUGACACAGACCUGAAACUGGGCGUGUUCGGAGCCCUGGGGUUCGCUCAAGGUGUGUCUAUCUUUGGCACCACGGUGGCCAUCUCUCUGGGGGGGAUAAUCGCUUCUCGUCAGCUCCACCUAGACCUCCUCAACAACGUCCUGCAUUCCCCCAUGGCCUUCUUCGAGGUCACACCCUCAGGGAACCUGCUGAACCGCUUCUCCAAGGAGGUGGAUGCCAUUGACUGUAUGAUCCCUGAUGGUCUGAAGAUGAUGCUGGGAUACCUGUUCAAACUGCUCGAGGUCUGCGUCAUCGUUCUGGUGGCCAUGCCCUUCGCUGGGGUGGUUCUGCUGCCCCUCACACUGCUCUACGCAUUCAUACAGAGUUUUUACGUGGCAACAUCGUGCCAGCUCCGUCGGCUAGAGGCAGUCAGUCGUUCUCCCAUCUACACCCACUUCAAUGAGACGGUCCAGGGGGCCAGUGUGAUCAGGGCCUUCUCAGAGCAGGAACGCUUCAUCCUGCAGGCUAACGGACGCAUUGACCACAACCAGACAGCCUACUUCCCCCGCUUCGUAGCCACCAGGUGGCUGGCGGUGAACCUAGAGUUCCUGGGGAAUCUGUUGGUGCUGGCAGCAGCCACCUUAGCUGUGAUGGGCAGAGACACACUGAGCCCUGGUAUAGUAGGACUGGCUGUGUCACACUCACUACAGGUGACAGGUAUUCUGAGCUGGAUCGUGAGGUCCUGGACUGAUGUAGAGAACAACAUUGUGUCCGUGGAGAGAGUUAAGGAGUACGCUGACACACCAAAGGAGGCUCCAUGGACCAUAGAAGGCAGCAUGCUCCCGCUGGCCUGGCCCACCCACGGUACCAUAGAACUGGAGGAAUACGGACUGCAGUACCGUAAAGGACUGGACUGGGCCCUGAAAGGAAUUUCCCUCAGCAUUCAGGAGAAAGAGAAGGUUGGGAUAGUGGGCAGGACUGGAGCAGGGAAGUCGUCCCUGGCAUUGGGAAUAUUCCGGAUUCUGGAAGCAGCGAAGGGAGAUAUCUAUAUAGACGGGAUAAACAUCGCUCAGAUCGGACUGCACGAGCUACGCUCCAGAAUCACCAUCAUACCACAGGACCCAGUGUUGUUCUCUGGGUCUCUGAGGAUGAAUCUGGACCCCUUCGAUGGCUACUCUGAUGAGGAGGUGUGGAGAGCCCUGGAGCUCUCCCAUCUCAAGAGCUUUGUGUCUUGCCUGCCGGACAAACUCAACCACGAGUGUUCAGAGGGAGGAGAGAACCUCAGUCUGGGUCAGCGCCAGCUGGUGUGUCUGGCCCGAGCCCUCCUGAGGAAGACGAAGAUCCUAGUUCUGGAUGAGGCCACAGCUGCUGUGGACCUGGAGACAGACAACCUGAUCCAGUCCACCAUCAGAACCCAGUUUGAUGACUGCACUGUCCUGACCAUUGCACACAGACUCAAUACUAUCAUGGACUACACCAGGGUGAUUGUGAUGGACCGAGGUCUGAUCACAGAUAUGGACUCUCCCUCCAACCUCAUCUCAGAGAGAGGUCAGUUCUACCUGAUGUGUAGGGAGGCUGGCCUGGUCUGAGCCCUCCCCAGCCAGGAGGCUGGGGAGGCUACAGAAAUAAAAACCCUUUUCAACUCCUUUCAUUUUCAAAACAAAUGUUGUGAAAGGAUAUGAGGAAAGGAUAUGAGGAAAGGAUAUGAGGAAAGGAUAUGAGGAGCGAAGCUUGAAGACAGAAGAGGGAUGAGAAUGACGUAGGGCUGAUGUGGGGAUCGGAUGAUGCUUGAGGCUGUCUGUUUGCAUCCCAAAAGGCAGCCGAAUUAUGGGCCCUGGUCAAAAGUAGUGCACUAUGUAGGGAAUAGGGUGCCAUGGCCCUGGUCAAAAGUAGUGCACUAAAUAGGGAAUAGGGUGCCAAGGCUCUGGUUAAAAGUAGUGCAAUAAAUAGGGAAUAGGGUGCCAUUUUGGACACUUCCUUUGUGUAACCCUUUGUUGGACAUUAAGCUUUUUUAACUUUGAACUACUGGGACAGGAUAUGACAUCAUAGGACGCUGCUGAUGGCCUUGUGAUGAGGCAGUAUCAUGUGAUGGAUCCACGAGGAGAAGAGGAGGAGAGGAUGGAGGGAUGAAUGAAUGAGGUGCUUGAUAAACAGAUGCUCAGCCAGGAAGCAACUUAUCAGCAACACACAUGUGCACAUAUACAACAUGCAACACACACAAAACUCAACACACACACAAAACGCAACACACACACAAAACGCAACACACACACAAAACAACAUGCAACUGUCAUGACGUUGGCCUGGGGGUAGGUUUAUGACAGUCAUAAAUACCUCUUCCCCCUUUUUCCUCUCUCUACCCUACUGAUGUUACAUUUGCAAACCCCUUGGUUAACAUAGAGAUUCUGGGAACAUCAGAAGGUGGGGGGAAAUGAAAUAUAUUCUGGUAAUCCGACCAAUGGAACAUAUGCAGUGGUACUUAAUGAAUAUGAUGUCAGUUCGGUUGUCAUCUGAGACAUUCUCAUCAAUGAUAAGAUGACAUAAACUCUACAGUGGAAAGUCUACACAUCAGAGUUAUCGGAUUCACAUGGAAUUGUUGUUCAAUUUAAAUGUUUGAAUAUGAAAUUAUUUGUGAUGGGAUGAAAUGUGAUUUUAGCUUCUAAAAUGUGAGAUUUGGGUUUUCAUAAGGUAGGGCUCUUCUCAAUCAGUGGCCCACCCCUGUGAAGGGACAUGGGCUAUAAAACUUUUCAAACACGCCCUCCUCUCCCUUCCUAUAUAAGCCCUUGACAACAAUAUAACCUCCUGUUCCAAGGAUGUAGGACGACGGUCCGAUGUCAGAAUGGUUCAGAUAAUAACUACAGAACGAAGCCAACAUCAGCGUGAGCUUUGGUGGCGAAUGGUAUGAACUUUGAACUCUUAUUCACUACAGAAGUGAUACCUCCUAGCCGUUGAGGUAGCAACAGCAGCUGCAAAUGAGGGUUAGGAAGGAACAGACAGAGUAUCCCGUCUAUCACACAACGACGUUACUACAACGUAUCCAAUUGACCACCAGAGACAUUCUUCAAAGGACAAAGGACUCGGCCUUCCAUCUACCACCAACCUACUGAAGCGCAGCUCAGAGUAAAUAUUUAUCGCAUUUUCCUUUUCCAAAUGGGUGGUAAUUUAGAAUGCAUAAGAUACUGUAUUUAUGAUAGCACAGCUUCGCCUUUGUUCCUCAGUCUUCCCGCUUUUUCACUCAACCCAGCCUCUUUUCUUUUGUGUAGCAAGCUGUCAUAUCUGUUCCGCCCGCUAGGGACGUUUUACUUUAUGACGUCAUUUGUAACCAAGUUAUGAUUAAUU